UGUCUUCUCUCUCUAGUAUUUCUCUCACUAGAACUCAUGUGCAGGCCAUGGCCAUUGCUCUUGUGGUCUUGGCUUUGGCAUUAGGCCAUGGUAAAGCGCAGAACACUUGCUCAAAUCAGCUGAGCGGCCUGAACCAGUGUGCUCGGUUUUUGGUGCCUGGUGCAUCUCAGGUGGCUCCCAACCAAGAGUGUUGUUUGGCUCUCCAAGGGGUUGAACAGAGAUGCCUCUGCGAGACGCUCCGGAUCGUCUCGAGGUUGCCGAGUGCCUGCAACCUCGUGCCGCUCAAUUGCGGUGCAUGAAGGCAAAAAGCCGUGAAUAAGCGUGGAACAUACGCAGUGAACUUUAGAUUUAGAUUUUUUUGUUUUCUUUGUAGUUUCUUCUUUUUCUUAUAUAAAAAGAUAUGUAAUGGGAGGAAGCCCUCCUACAAAUAAACGAACUUUUUUCUUUCUUUGAUAGUAAGGAAUGAAGUUGCUCUAUUUGCUCUAUAA